AUUAGCUACCAGCGAGCCCCUGCAGACAGCGAGUUAAUUAGGGGUUUCCUGCUCUCCGGCAUGCCUUGUCCCAGCUGCUGCCCCCCCGGGCUCUUAGCCCUGAUGGCACCUGGGCUGGCUCUCAUGGCCACCUUCUCGCUGCCCUCCCAGGCCGGGGACAGGAGAGCGCUGCCGGUGGAGAAACCUCCAGGUGUGAAGGGAAGAACUCUCAUUCUCCUUGAUGUCAACACCAAGAGCCCUGUCAGGAUAAUCAGUGAGAAUUUCCUCUCCCUGCAGCUGGAUCCCUCCAUCAUUCAUGAUGGCUGGCUCGAUUUCUUAAGCUCCCGGCGGCUGGUGACCCUGGCGCGGGGCCUGGCUCCCGCCUUCCUGCGCUUCGCGGGCAAGAGGACGGACUUUCUGCAGUUCCACAACGUGAAGAACCCGGCCAAGACCCGCGGCGGGCCCGGCCCCGACUACUACCUCAAGAACUACGAAGACGACAUUGUUCGCAGUGACAUUGCCCUGGAUAAGCAGAAAGGCUGUAAGAUCGCCCAGCAUCCUGACAUUAUGUUGGAGCUACAGAGGGAAAAGGCAGCUCAAAUGCACUUGGUUUUGUUAAAGGAGCAGUUUUCAAACACAUACAGCAACCUCACAUUAACAGCCAGGUCUCUAGACAAACUCUAUAACUUUGCUGACUGCUCUGGCCUUCACUUGAUCUUUGCACUGAAUGCUCUGCGCAGAAAUCCCAAUAACUCCUGGAACAGCUCCAAUGCACUCAGUCUACUGAAGUACAGUGCCAGCAAGAAAUACAACAUCUCCUGGGAGCUGGGCAAUGAGCCCAAUAACUAUCGAGCUCUGAUUGGCCGUUCGGUGAAUGGUAGUCAGCUGGGGAAGGACUACAUCCAGCUGAGAAGCCUGCUGCAGCUUAUCCGCACUUAUUCCAGAGCAAACCUCUAUGGGCCAAACAUUGGGAGGCCCAGAAAAAAUGUCAUUGCUCUCCUGGAAGGGUUCAUGAAAGUGGCUGGCAGCACGGUGGAUGCUGUUACCUGGCAACAUUACUACAUUGAUGGCCGAGUGGCCAAAGUGACGGACUUCCUGAAAACGCGCCUGUUAGACACGCUCUCUGACCAGAUCAGGAAAAUCCAGAAAGUAGUGAACACAUAUGCACCUGGGAAGAAGAUCUGGCUGGAAGGUGUUGGAGCUACCUCAGCCGGAGGCAUGAAUAACCUCUCCGAUUCCUAUGCCGCUGGGUUCCUGUGGCUGAACACGCUGGGCUUGCUGGCCAGCCAGGGCAUUGACGUGGUGGUGCGGCACUCCUUCCUUGACCACGGGCACAACCAUCUCGUGGACCAGAACUUCAACCCUCUGCCGGACUACUGGCUGUCCCUCCUCUACAAGCGGCUCAUCGGCCCCAAGGUCCUGGCGAUCCACGUGGCCGGCCUCCAGCGCAAACCCCGGCCCGGCAGGGUCAUCCGCGACAAGCUCCGCAUUUACGCCCACUGCACCAGCUACCACAACCACAACUACGUCCGAGGGUCCAUCACCCUUUACAUCAUCAACCUGCAUCGCUCCCGGAAGAAAAUCAAGCUGGCGGGGACGCUGCGGGAUAAGAUCGUCCACCAGUACCUGCUGCAGCCCUACGGCAAAGACGGGCUCCACUCCAAGUCGGUGCAGCUCAACGGGCAGCCGCUGGCCAUGGUGGAUGACGGGACCCUGCCCGAGCUAAAGCCUCGUCCUCUGCGGGCCGGCCGCACGCUGGUCAUCCCCCCACUGACCAUGAGCUUCUACGUGGUGAAGAACGUGAACGCGCUGGCCUGCCGGUACCGGUAGAGCCGGGCUCUGCCCGCGGCCGGGAACGGCCCCGCCGGCCCCGCUCCGGCGCUCCCUGGGACGCGCUGCUUCCUCAGCCACCUCGCACGGCUUCGCAGCGAUGCUGCGCGGACGCUCCCCCGGGGGCCCCGGGAUGCCCUCGGCUGCGGGCCGGUCCUGCACCCCCUGGAGCAGCCAGGCCCCCGUUUUCUCUGCAGCUUCCCAGGGAGCUUGGGCAGAGUCAGGCCGUGCCCUGCGGGAGGGGACAGCCCGCUCUGGUGCCAGCAGCUCCCCCGGGCACCUCUUCCACCCCCCUAUUCCCAGCAGGGAGAGGGCGGCAAGGCCCAGCUGGCCGGAGCGCCUGGCGCUCGCAGCCGCCUCUCCCGGUGCACAAGCGCAUGGAAGCAGCUCCCUCUGCUGCCGUGCGGCUGCUGCAUCGCCGGCCCCUGCAGCGCAGCGAUGCUGCGGGCGCGCAGGGCGGCGGGGCAGGCCUGGGGGCCCCCGGGCAGGCGGCCUGGGCAGGGACGGGCUCGCCUGGCCCCCGUGGUGGCCUCGGCGCUCCCACGUGGAAGGCAGGCGGUGGCAUCGCCUCUCCGG